GGGAACCGUAUGAGGAAGUGAAGGAUAUUAUACGCGAAAAAGGGAAUACGGCAGCUGUAACUAAACAAAGAGGAAAAGCAGACAAUCAAGGACCGACUGAAUGCAGUAAGUGCUUUGCUAAAAGUUGAAGACUUGCCACCAUGAAGACCACAUCUUGUACAAGACGGGAUUUCAGCAUCAUCUUCCUCUUUGUGAUGGUUUAUGCCUUGAUCCUUGUGCUACAUCAAAUGGAAAUUCUGCAAUUUCAGCCUGAAGUCAACUCCACCAUCAUCAUGCCAAGAGUCUCCCCUCAUCAUAUCGUUAGUCACAGAUUCUGCACCUUCCAGCCACGGUCCCCCCAGGACGCCUUGGAGGAACGCCACAUCCUAGACUCCAUUGCUUGGCCUGAAACUCCACUUUUACCAUCUCCUAAUUCCUUGGAGCAGACCACUGAUCCAGCCCACAGCACCUUCACCAUCCUCUCAGGGAGGAAAGGGGGGCAGUGGCAUGUAGGGGACCAGCUGGAGGUUAUGAUACAAACCUUUGACUUCCAAGGUCGUCCCAAGAAGUCUGGGGGGGACUUCCUGACCGCCCGUCUGCACAACCGGAAGCUUGAAGCAGGUGUGGCUGGUCAAGUUGUGGAUCAUCUGAAUGGGAGCUACUCUGCUGUGUUCUCUUUGCUCUGGGAAGGAGACGCACGUGUUGAGGUGAUUCUGGUUCACCCUAGUGAAGCUGUAACUGUGCUAAACAGGAUAAACAGAGAACAGCCUGACAGGACUCACUUCAAGAGCCUCUACCGCUCAGGCUCACUGUCUGAAACCACCGUCUGUAACGUCUGCCUGCGGCCAACCCAACAGCCUGUGUGUAACCACACUGACCUCCGAUCAGGCGAACCUUGGUUCUGUUACAAGCCAAAGAACUUGAGCUGUGAUACCAGGAUUAACCACGUCAGGGCAGGAUUCAAUCAUUACCUCUCAGCUGAGGAGAAUAAGCUCUUUCAGAGUGGUGUUAACCUGAAAGUCUCCAUUCAAGCUACAGGACCUUCCAACGUCACUGUGUUGCCAGAAGAUGGUCUUAAGAAAUUUGACUUGCACACCCAGAACCACAUUGGACCUUUAAUGUCCUUGGACAAUGAAAACAACAUCUUGGUGAGGUUCCGCUGCCACGGUCCUCCUAUUCAUUGGCCCCCUACCCCAAUCAGAGAGCUUCGUUACAUUGCUAAUGAGCUAGAUGACUUGGACGCAGGCCCUAACACUGUCGUAGUCCUCGGCAUCUGGGCUCACUUUACCACUUCCCCAAUGGAUAUCUACAUCAGGAGGCUACAGAGCAUCCGUAGGGCGGUGGUGCAGCUGCUGGACACAAAUCCAGGCACACUGGUCAUUAUCCGGACUGGAAACUCAAGAGGUUUGAGCGAUCGAAUUUCCCCAAUGGACAGCGACUGGUAUUCGCUGCAGUGUGAUAAGGUGCUCAAAGCCAUGUUCAAAGGACUGAACGUUCAUCUGAUCGAUGCCUGGGAAAUGACCCUGGCCCACCACCUGCCGCAUGACCUCCACCCACCACCUCCCAUUAUUCAGAAUAUGAUAAACUGUCUGUUGUCCUAUGUAUGUCCUCAAAAGCAUGGUUAGAUGUUUGUUUUGGGGGGUUCCUACUGUAGUUGAGCACAUGAUAUGGUUAUCUCAGAAUUUCCAGAAAGUGUUGCAUUUUCUUCAUCAAUAAAUGCUCAGAUCACAUCACGAAUUGUCCUAAAAGGCCUUUACAAUCUCCAAACAUGCAACAUUGUUGACCCUCAUCGCAUGGUAUUAUAAUCUAGAAAAGAUUCACAGGCUUUAUCUUCUACAAAUGGUAUUAUUUGAAUGAAAUAUGUUGGCGUUUAGCUAUGACAAACAGCAUUGUUUUUCUUUGUCUGUUGCUGUCUGAUUGUUAGUAACAAGCUUCUUUAUGAAAGUUAAUCUGUGUCAUCAGGGGUUGAAAUUAAAAGGUAA